AUGGAGCCAAACUGGGGGCUCUACAACAACUACUACGGUGGUGACCGUCCGCCACCUGUGUCUCCUCACCAAGACCGCACGGACGAUACCCCACCCCAUCGCAGGCCGAUGAACCAGGGUACCUUCCUCCCCCCGCCACCGCCAGUCACUCUUCCUCCCGUGUCCGGCUCGUACCCUGGCUCGAGCUACCAUGGCUCGUCGUCCAGCGCCGUCGGCAUGGGUUCAAGUGGUGGAGGACCUGCUGGCGGAAACCCUUCAACCUCGAUGCACAUGGCCCCCGGUAUGCCUUACAGCGGGCACAUGGGCGGCGUGUCGCAACCCAUCGGCGCGUACCACUACCCGCUCCAGUCGUCGCCCGCGACAAUGUCCGCCCUCCCCGCCGGGCGUUCGGGGCAGCCACACGGUUACUCCCCUCGUAUCCCCAGCGGAUACCCUUCGGCAUCCCCAGGCAUGAACCCCCUCUCGCCGCUGUCGCCAUCAACGCACGUGGCGUACCCUCCUCACUCGUCCGCGUCCACAUCGGCGUCCUCGUACCCUCCUUCUGUGCCCCCGCCCCAUUCCAAGGUCGACCUCCCAGGCCACCACAUGAAGAAGAGGCGCACAAACUCGGGCUCGGGAGACAGCUGGGCUGAUGAGAACAAGGACGACGAGGAGCAGCCCUGGGGCAUGCCUCAAGACCAGUACAAGGCCCUCAACCCCCGUGACAAGAAGCAAGUCCGCAACCGUAUUGGAGCCCGCAGGUUCCGCGCCAAGCGCAAGGACUAUGUCAGCCAGCUCGAGGCCACCAAGAAGGAAGGCGAUGCCCGUAUCAUGCAGCUCGAGGCUCAGCUGCAGGCGUCCAGGCGCGAGAUCAACGACUUGCGCUCUCGCCUCAACAUGGCGCCACUCCCCUCUGUUGACAGUUCACUGGGCCUCGUUGUCGGGAACAACGAGUAA